GGCAGAGUUGAUUGCAGCAGUAACUUCAACGAUUUCCCUUCUCUUAGCUAACAAGACCAGUUACCCUCUGAUCGGUGCACAAACUCUUUGGCUUCCAAGACCAGGAAGACUGCAGCCGUCGUCACCUACGAGAUGUUUGUCACUGCGGACAUCAAGUUCCUUAUAUUUCUCCUCCUUCUCAGCAGCUUCCACGCUGCCGAUGCGCAGAGCUACAAGUGCCCCAGCCCUCAGCUAACCUACACCGCCAACAGCAUCUUCCGGCGAAACCUCGACGACCUCUUGGCCUCGCUCGUAGACAAAGUUACUUCCCUUCCUGGGUUCUUUUACAAUACCACGGUGGGCAGCAACCCGGACAGAGUAUACGGCCUGGUGCAGUGUCACAGAGAUGUCUCUGCCGAAGAAUGCCGCAGUUGUGCAGUGUCUUCGGCUUCUCAGCUCCGCCAAGUGUGCACCAACUCCAAAGUUGCCAUGUUCUGGCGUGACGAUUGCUUCAUCCGCUACUCGUUUUACAAUUUCUUUGGGGUAGCAGACAAAAUCCAAGAGGAAAUGGAGAACCCCAACGCCAUCUCUAGCCCCUCACGGUUCGAGCCGUUUCUGCUGUCCUUCCUCAGAAACCUCACCGCGUCGGCUACCACCGGCGGGUCUUCGCCGUUGUACGUCACCGGUGCCGCUCCCUACGCAAACAGCCUGACGGUCUACGGGCUAGUAGAGUGCACAGGAGACCUGUCCCCGGCAUCCUGUCGCUCGUGUUUGAACAAUUCCAUAGAUGGCAUACGUUGCUGCACUGAUCGCGUGGGUGCUAGAAUUUUGUCCGGAAGUUGUGUUGUAAGGUAUGAGAUCUACCCUUUCUUCGGGAAUUUUUCAACGGCAACAACGCUGACGCCGCCGGUAACUAACUGGUCCGCCUCUCCUGCGCCAUUACCAUUACCUGCUUCACCCCUGGGGAAGGGUGGAAUAGGCUUUUGGAAGAUACUUGCGAUGAUUGUCCCCAUUGGAGGUGUGCUACUGGUCGCUUGUAUCCUAUGCUUCCUUCGAGCAAGGAAAUCUCACAUGGAGAAAGUGAGAUAUGAAAGGGAGACAUCCUUGCUUGACAUUAACGGCCCCAACCAGAAUGGGACAAACCACGAAGUGGCAAUGGUAAGACUUAGAACGGUACAAACAGCCACGGAUAACUUUUCCGAGUCCAACAAACUUGGCCAAGGCGGAUUUGGUCCUGUCUACAAGGGCAUUCUCCCCAGUGGGCAAGAAAUAGCAGUGAAAAGGCUUUCUCAGUAUUCUGCACAAGGUGUAAGGGAGUUUAAGAAUGAGGUCAAAUUGAUAGGAAAUCUUCAACACAAGAACUUGGUUAGGCUUUUGGGCUGCUGCCUAGAAAAGGAAGAAAUGCUGCUCAUUUACGAGUAUCUACCCAACAAAAGUGUCGAUACUUUUCUAAGUGAUCCACAAAAACGAGCUACGUUGGAUUGGGAAACGAGACUCAAUAUUAUGGGGGGAACUGCCAGGGGCAUGGUUUAUCUUCAUCAUGAUUCCCGGCUCAGCAUCAUCCACCGGGAUCUUAAAGCAGCAAACGUUUUACUGGAUGAGCUGAUGAACCCCAAAAUUUCAGAUUUUGGGAUGGCGAGGAUCUUCAGUGGCAGUCAGACUCAAGUCAACACCAAAAUAAUUGUUGGAACAUACGGGUACAUGGCUCCAGAAUAUGCUAUGGAUGGACUCUUCUCCAUUAAAUCAGAUGUCUACAGCUUUGGCGUCUUACUCUUGGAAAUCAUCAGCGGCCAACUCACCAGAGAGUUUAAUCAAUCCCAUCAAGAAAAUCGUAGUCUGGUUGGAUACGCUUGGAGUUUGUGGAGCCAAGGGAUGGGACUGGAAUUCGUGGACCCAUUGUUAAAAGACACAUGCCCAGCACGUGAUCCAUUAAAAUAUCUGCAUAUAGGCUUGCUCUGUGUUCAAGAAGAUGCUGAAAGCAGACCAACUAUGUCUUCUGUUCUUCUUAUGCUUGAGGGUGAACCUCUGGCACUUCCGGUGCCCACAGAACCUGCAUUUUCUAACAAGAGAACCAAAGAUAGGUUCAGCAGAUCACAGACUUCUUCAGUGAAUGGGAUUACAGAUACUGAAGUUACUCCAAGAUAAAAGGUGCCGCUCGAAAUUAAUAAGGAUUCUGCCUGUCAUUUGGAUGGAAUACCUGCCAUUUCUCAUAAGACAAAAUUUAGCCGUGUUAUAUAUGCAUAGGACCUGUGCCGAAAAAGGUUCAUUUGGACGAGAGCUUCUUGUUGUUCCUUAUAAACGCCCUCUCACUAGUACCUUAAUAUUCAGCCGGAAAGUGAAAGUUGUUGUGCAUUUGCUAAAUUACCCACUAAGGAACUCGUAUUGUAUCAAAUGUGGACUAUGUUUUUUCGACUUUC